AUGAGAAUCGCAUACUCGAUCGCCAGCAUCUGCCUGAUCUACGCCAGCUCUGCGGAGUCCCGACCCUUUGACAGCAUCUUGGAGUCCUUCAACGUGCUCCGCGAACAGUCGCCACUGACAGACUACAUCAUGCCUCCCGCAGGCGAAGUGUCCACCGGCGUCAUCAUAUCUGAUGUUAUUGGGAGCCUCCAGCGCAUCGCCAUCUUCAGCGGGCUUACGCGCGACAUCGACACGGUAUCUGACCGCCUGGACGAUGGUACAAAGAACGCGACGGUGCUCGCCCCAGACAACAGCGUGAUGCGCGGGCUGAAGAGGAAGCCCUGGGAAGACGCCGAAGAUUACAAAUCCUUUGGCGCAGAGGCGUACGGCGGAAGUGAUGGCGAAAACAGGGCCAGAAACAAUCUCAAGCGCUUCGUGCAGAGACACCUCGUCCUCGAAAGCCCGUGGGAGGAGGGCAAGAAAGUCAAAACGCUGGACGGCAACGAGAUUUGGUGGGAGAGCAAAGACGGCCAAAAGAAGAUCCAGCCCGGUGACGUGGAAGUCACGAGCAUCGCCGAUAAGGUGUCCAACGGCGAGAUAUGGAUUCUCGGAGGCACUCUAUAG